AUGUCAACUACCCCUCCUUCCACCGCUCCAAACGGCCGAUCCAGGGUUUUCAGCGAAUCAGACGAAAUCCAGAUCCUCAAAUGUUUAAUCAGAGCCACCAAAUCCAUUCCUCCGCCCAUCACCACCGUGGGUACCUCUACCAUCAACCGCAUCAUCAGGCGUCUCGACCACAGGUUCACCGUCUCCCAGAUCACCGACAAGAUCCGCAGGCUCAGAGACAAGCACCACAACCAUGCAAGGAACAGAGCCCUGGUAAGGAACCAUCACGACCGGCGAAUAUUCAAGCUUUCCAAAAGAAUUUGGGGCAAGAAAGCAACACCCAGAAAGAAGAAUAACAAGUCAGAAGAUCAAGGGGCUAUUGAAGUGGGAGGUGAUGGGGUCGAGAAAUUGGACAAGUUUCCAUACCUGGUGGCUGAAUUUUCCAAGGUUUUGCCCGAAAAUGAAGUGUGGAAACAGAAGAUGAAGAGAGUGGGAGAGGAGAAGUUGAGGAAGAUGGAUCAAGAAUGGGUGAUGUUGAAGGUUGAAGAAGCUAAAUUGGUGGCUAAGAAGGCUGAAUUAAUACAGCAGCAGAUUAUGGAGGUAAUGGGGGGAAAUGGGUCCGCAAAUGGGGUUUAA